AUUUCUUUCUGCCCCCUGCGCUAUCUACCUCUUUUUGCCUCCAACGCUUGUCCCAUGGAUAGUGCUGGUCUUUUUAUCUAUGGCUUGGUUGUUGCGGUAGCCCUUCUACUCCUCUCCAUCUACAAUCGUUCUGAACUGAAUGUUAUUCCUGCAGUCGGCCCAUCAGGAGCAAUCUCUUCAUGGCUUGGCGUGGUCCGCUUCAUAAAUAAUGCUCCAGCCAUGGUGCAAGAAGGCUAUGAGAAGCACAAAGGCGGAAUAUUCAGAGUGCCAUUGUUUGACAAAUGGGUAGUGGUGCUGACUGGGCCGCGGCUAAUAGAGGAGUUGAGGAAGGUGCCUGAAGACGAGCUUUCGUUUGAUCACGCUAUACGAGAUCUUCUUCAAGUCAAAUAUACAUUUGGCGUCGAUGUGCAAGAGUAUCCCUAUCACAUACAAGUCACUCGCAACCAUCUCUCCCGAAACCUUCAGGCGCUCUUUCCUGAUGUUUACGACGAAAUCAAUCACGUAUUCAGUACCAUCAUACCGUUAGACAAAAAUGGUUGGGCUAAGGUUCGCAUAUACCCGGAGAUCAUGAAGGCUAUGUGUCGCGUAAGCAAUCGCCUCUUUGUUGGGCUUCCGCUAUGCCGAUCCCCUGAAUUUGAGGCCCUACAACAUCAAUUCGCUUUACAAGUGCUAUUGCGCGCAACUCUCCUGAAUUUUUUUCCCAAAUUUGCACAUCCGAUUAUUGGUCGAUUAUUGACGAACACGCCUAGUAGCAUUAGGAGAUGCAUGGCGCUUCUUGAACCUAUCGUAAGGAAACGAUUGCAGACUCUAGAUCAAUUCAGGGACAAAUGGCACGCUCAACCGAAUGACAUGAUUAGCUGGCUAAUUGACGUAUCCGACGAUGAGCACAGGAAUCUUCGGAGUAUAUGCUUGCGUAUUUUGGUCCUAAAUUUCGCUUCAUUACAUACAUCAGCUCAGAGCUUUACCCACGCUCUAUUCAACCUUGCUACAUAUCCUCAAUAUUGCACAACCCUUCGAGAGGAAGCUUCGGCUGUUAUUAAUCAAGAUGGAUGGACGAAGACUGCGAUGACGAAACUCGUCAAGAUGGACAGCUUUCUCAAAGAAUCCCAACGGUUCAAUUGCACCACUCUCUGCAGGUUGUUCUUCAUUUUUGUCCCUAUAAUGCGCAAAGCAAUGCGGCAAUUCGUAUUUUCGGAUGGUACUGUGAUACCCAGCGGAACUUGCGUCGUUGUCGCUUCAUUACCCAUGCAUCUCGAUGAGGAAUACUUCGACAGCGCAUCUGAAUUUCAACCUUUCCGGUUUUCACAGUGGCGCGAGGACAAUGGAGAAGACCCACAAAGCCUGCUAGCUUCCACUAGUGCAAGUUAUAUUCCUUUUGGGUAUGGACAUCAUGCUUGCCCCGGUCGCUUCUUUGCUUCUAGUGUGAUGAAGGCCAUGAUGGCUUAUCUUCGUCCUCCAGAUGAAUGGUUUCUGAUGAAUUCCUCUCCCAACCGGAAAGCAGAGGUUAUGUUUAGACGGCGAUGACCCUGAAUGUAUCGAUUUCAUGUACAUACUAGACACCCAAAUAAUGCCCUUUACUUCCAGCAA